CAUGAAGAAGCCCACGCCUUGCCGGCAUGGGAAGUGCAUGAACAGGCGUGGACGCUACAAAUGUUCGUGCUCAUCUGGUUGGACCGGACCUACUUGCCAACGUGCCCUGCGAUGUUCUCCUGGGUGGAAAGAGCACAACAACUACUGCUACAUGCUGGUGAAACGCAAAGUCGGCUGGAGUAAUGCGAAUGAUAGGUGCAAAAUAAUGAGUGCACAUCUUGCGUCUGUCAAGAACUCACAAGAGAACAACUUCAUUGCAUCCUUCGUCACCAAAGCUCCUGAAGGGAGGCAAAAAAUGGUUUGGCUCGGACUGACGGGUAUACACAAGAAAGGACCAUUGAUGUGGACGGAUGGGUCACGUGUUGUCUACAAGAACUGGGCCCCUGGUGAACCUAACAACUUGAAGAUAAUGUCUCUGUUCCGCGGAGAGCACUGUGGCGCUAUGUACAUCAAGACCUAUAACUCCUGGACUGGAAAGAAGAAGAAGCAAGGCCACUGGAACGACGCUUACUGUGACGAGCCCUAUCCCUUCGUGUGCAAGGCUCGCACAAAACGGCCACCUUAAGCCAAGUAAAGAAUGGCAACAAGAUUUCAAAGAAAGGGUUGACUUCAGUGUCUUAAUAGUGAAUGGAAGUCACCUUGUUGAAGACCCUAUGAUCAUAGCAAAGAAUUUGUUCGAAAUCCGAAACUUAGGACAACAGUGUUAAUUGUGACUUGUGAACAUUAUGGGAAUGUUCUGGUGGUGAUAACGCAGUUGUAGAAAUGACAAAUAAUUUUGCUCAACAAUAAUAUAAAAUAUGGCAAGGUCUGCUACUUAAGACAUAUACUAAUAAGUGUAUUCCGUAUUUGAAGUAGAAUUGAUCUUCAUUUCAAUGUAGCAAAGCGGACACCAUGUAUUGAAAUUACAGAUAAAGUGUACUUAUAAGUGUGUCUUUUCAACAUUUUUACUAACAGCUUUCACCAAUACAGAUUUGACGGGUCUGAGUUGAGCUGAGCCUUAACAGUUGUAAAAUUAUACAUUUGUUUAUAAAUGGUUCAACUGUAGAUGUUUUACACGUUUGGGAUCUAUAUGAUAAACUCCGUAAUGGACCACAAGUCGUAGUGCUUAACAUGCAUAUAGGCGGGAGAAACAUUUAGUGCCAUUUUCCCACCCCUUAACGUUAAAGAUACAGCAAAUAAAUUUAUGAUCUUAUAGCUUAAUUAUCAAUCAAUGAUGACACAGUCCAUUUGAUAAAUACAAUGAUUUAACAUCGAUCGAUUUCUAAAACAGUAAAUGGAUCAACUAAAAUGAAUGACUGAUGAAUUAGUUAAUGGUUCAAUGAAUACAUUGAAAUCGAUAAAUAACUAAA